AUGGAGCUCGGGGGCACAGUAGGCAUCUUCCUAGGCAUUUGCUUCUCUUGCUUGCUGCUCAUCUCUGCAUGGAAGCGGAUGCACAAAGAAGGGAAGCUGCCCCCAGGACCCACCCCGCUGCCCUUCCUUGGCAAUAUCCUGCAGCCUUCCGUGACCUUCUCUCCGUGGCCUUUCCCGCAGUUGAAAGAGAAAUAUGGGCCGGUGUUCACAGUCUAUCUGGGCCCACGGCGGGUGGUGGUUCUGUGUGGGCACGACACAGUGAAGGAAGCUCUGGUGGACCAGGCUGAGGAGUUCAGCGGCAGAGGGGAGAUAGCCAGCAUUGACCGGAACUUCAAUGGUUUUGGAGUCGCUUUUGCCAACGGGGAACGCUGGAAGCAGCUCCGUCGCUUCUCCCUCACCACCUUGAGGAACUUUGGGAUGGGCAAGAGGUCCAUUGAAGAGCGGAUCCAGGAGGAGGCCCAGUAUUUGAUGGAGGAAAUCAGGAAAACCAAAGGCCAGCCCUUCGACCCCACCUUCUUCCUGAGCCGCACGGUCUCCAACGUCAUCAGCUCCGUGGUCUUUGGCAGCCGCUUCGACUACGAAGAUAAGACCUUCCUCUCCCUGCUGCAAAUGAUCAACGAAAGUUUUAUGGAGAUGAGCACCCCUUUGGCACAGCUCUACGACAUGUAUUCCUGCAUCAUGCAGUACCUGCCAGGAAGACACAACCGCGUUUACUACCUGGUUGAGGACCUGAAGGACUUCAUUGCCGGGAAGAUCAAAACCAACCAGGCAACGCUGGAUCCCAGCAACCCUCGCGACUUCAUUGACUGCUUCCUCAUCCAGAUGGAGAAGGAAAAAGGAAACCCUUCCACCGAAUUCAACCUGAAGAAUUUGGUCCUGACCACCCUCAACCUCUUCUUUGCUGGGACGGAAACCGUCAGCUCCACCCUGAGAUACGGACUCCUCUUCUUGAUGAAGUACCCAGAAGUGGAAGAGAAGAUCUACAAGGAGAUUGACCAGGUCAUCGGCCCCAGUCGCCUUCCUGCCACGGAAGACCGGCUGAAGAUGCCCUACACGGAUGCCGUAGUCCACGAGAUCCAGAGGGUGACGGACAUUGUCCCCAUGGGAGUGCCCCACACGGUGAUCCGGGACACUCAGUUCCGGGGGUACCUUCUGCCGAAGGGCACGGACGUCUUCCCCCUGCUUGGCUCAGCCUUACGGGACCCCAAAUAUUUCAGCGACCCCGAGAACUUCAACCCCGGACACUUCCUGGAUGAAAAUGGCCGUUUCAAGAAGAACGAGGCCUUUGUGCCGUUUUCCUCUGGGAAACGCGUCUGCCUGGGGGAAGCCAUGGCUCGGAUGGAGCUCUUCCUCUACUUCACCACCAUCCUGCAGAACUUCUCGCUCAAGUCAUCUCUGCACCCCAAGGACAUCGACGUCUCCCCCAAAAUGAGCGGCUUUGGGAACAUCCCCCCCGUCUACCAGCUGAGCAUGCUGCCUCGCUGA